GGAGAGCAGAGUUUUGGCUCAUCAGUUACAUAUUACACAUCAAAGCUUUCCUAAUUUAGCCUGCUAUUGGGCACUGUGCAAUAUUCAGCCAUGUUUCUAUUGAGUGGAUUGUCAAGAGCAGGGAUUUCUCAUUGCUGAGAUUAUCAGGCACUGAAGUAAAAAGUCAGCAUAGGCAGAACUGAACCAGAAACCUCAGCUGUCCUGCAGUUCAUUCAUUGGAACAAAAUAUACUGUAAAACUAGACUGACUCUAUUCCAGACAAAGUUUUGCAUUGAAUAUUGCAAAUUCCUUCAACUUGCCCAUCUUCAACAUAUUCAGCGUGAAUAUUGCAGAGACAAGAUGGAAAGAAACAGAAUGAAGGUACGCACAAAAGCAUUGAAGCAGUUGUUGCGCGCCUUGAAAAACAAAAUGGAAUGAGCCUCAGUAGUAAUUCCAGUCCUGAGGCAACAUUUAUGGAAACUUCAGACAGAAUGAACAAUAUGGACGAUGCUGUAGUUCCUCGAGUUCUUUAUGAAGAGUUGCUGAGAAGCUAUCAGCAACAGCAGGAAGAAAUGAGGCACAUUCAACAGGAACUUGAGAGAACAAGAAGGCAGCUUGUUCAGCAAGCAAAGAAGUUAAAGGAGUAUGGGACAUUAGUGUCAGAAAUGAAGGAGCUAAGAGAUUUGAACAGACGGCUACAGGAUGUCCUCCUCCUCAGAUUAGGCAGUGGUCCUGCCCUAGAACUUGAAAAGGUUACACCUGAAUCCAUUGAACCUGAGCCUGAUGUACAGACAGCUUUCAGUGAGGAAGCAAACACUUCAACGUACUACCCAGCUGCUAUUCCUGUAAUGGACAAAUAUAUUCUUGAGAACGGAAAGGUUCAUCUUGGAAGUGGCAUCUGGGUAGAUGAGGAGAAAUGGCAUCAGCUGCAAGUAACGCAAGGAGAUUCAAAGUAUACAAAAAACUUAGCAGUUAUGAUUUGGGGAACCGAUGUUCUUAAAAAUAGAAGUGUUACGGGUGUGGCCACUAAGAAAAAAAAAGAUGCUGUUCCUAAGCCACCUCUGUCACCUCACAAAUUAAGCAUUGUCAGAGAAUGUUUGUAUGACAGAAUAGCACAAGAAACCCUGGAUGAAACAGAAAUUGCACAGAGACUCUCCAAAGUCAACAAGUAUAUUUGUGAAAAAAUCAUGGAUAUCAAUAAAUCAUGUAAAAAUGAGGAAAGGAGAGAAGCAAAAUAUAAUUUGCAAUAAAUUUUGA